CCCAAGCACUCAAAAAAAGAGCAGAUUCAAGUAUUUAAGGCACACGUUCAGUGUUUGCAUUUGUGUUUCACUAUGGCCAAAGCUAUCAUUUUUGUGCUUCUUGCCUUGGUAUUCUUCUGCUGUCAGGCUGCUCCAGUGGAGCGUCAUGGAGCCUCAGAUGUACAUUGCCCUUUAAACGUAAAGAUCCUAGACGCAUUGAAAGGUGCACCUGCUGGAAACGUGGCACUUACGGUGUUCCGCCAAGGCACUGAUGGAAUAUGGGAAAAACUCAUCAGCGGGCAUUCAAACCUAGCUGGUGAGGUUCAUGAACUUCUCAAAGAGGAGGAUUUCAAACCUGGUGUGUACCGUGUCGAGUUCGACACCAAAGCCUACUGGAAAACAGAAGGUCGCACACCAUUCCAUGAAUUUGCUGAAGUGGUGUUUGAAGCUCAUGCAGAAGGACAUCGUCAUUACACUCUGGCCCUCUUACUGAGCCCUUUCUCCUACACCACAACAGCUGUAGUGGGAAAAGAACACGACUAAAAACAGUAUGCACAUCACCCCGAGUACCCCUGCCACUCACAUUUCCUAUACCUUUACAACAAACAGCUUAACAGGUCACCAUGAUGAGCACAAUCAGACAAGUACUCUCUUAAUAGGUUUUCAACUAUAAACUCUUUUAUUGGUCAGUACAGAGUGUAAUGCAGUGAGCAAACCGAGAACACAGUGAACAGACCGGAAGAACGCAAGAAAGGGGAGGCAGAAACAUCAGGAUUGUGCACAUCAGUC